CGCUGACCGACUUCCGGUGGCGGAGUCGGCGCAGGCGCGGCGCAGCUGUCGCGGGGCCGGCUGGACGCGGGGCGCAAUGCCGUACGCCAACCAGCCCACGGUGCGGAUCACGGAACUCACCGACGAGAACGUCAAGUUCAUCAUUGAGAACACGGACCUGGCAGUGGCCAAUUCCAUUCGGAGGGUCUUCAUCGCCGAGGUGCCCAUAAUAGCUAUUGACUGGGUUCAGAUUGAUGCCAAUUCUUCAGUCCUUCAUGAUGAAUUCAUUGCUCACAGGCUUGGACUAAUUCCCCUCACUAGUGAUGACAUUGUGGACAAGCUGCAGUACUCCCGGGACUGCACGUGUGAGGAAUUCUGCCCUGAGUGCUCUGUGGAGUUCACCCUGGACGUCAGGUGCAAUGAAGACCAGACGCGGCACGUCACAUCCCGAGAUCUCAUCUCCAACAGCCCCCGGGUCAUUCCGGUGACAUCCCGGAACCGAGAUAAUGACCCCAACGACUACGUGGAGCAGGAUGACAUCCUCAUCGUCAAGCUGAGAAAGGGCCAGGAGCUGAGGCUUCGAGCCUAUGCCAAAAAGGGCUUUGGCAAGGAACAUGCCAAGUGGAACCCCACUGCAGGGGUGGCUUUUGAAUAUGAUCCCGACAAUGCCCUGAGGCACACAGUGUACCCCAAGCCUGAGGAA